AUGGCGGCGGAUCUUUCCUUACCCUUGGAGACGCUGAUAACAGCAGCCGCAAGCAAAGCAAACGGCUGGUUGGGAGAUCCCCCACCACGAGGUUAUGAUAAGCCACCAACCCCUUCCGCUCCCUCUGGUAUGGCUGUCAGAGAGAUAUAUAUACCCAGCGGGGUAACCGUUGAUAAUCAGCCAGACGUUGAUAAUCAGCCAGAAGCCAAGCUUCCCUCAUUCGAGCUUCAAAUCCUCCGGCUUAGGUGCAACAAACCCCGAGGUGGGCCAUGGACUGCUGAAGUAAAAAGCGGUGAUUACGGACGAUACGCAGCUUGUGACCCUGUACAUUCCGGAAGGGCCUGUGAUAAGCAGCAAGAGGCAAUUGACGCCGAAAGGGGCCCGUUUAAGAGCAAGCAGCGCCAAGAAUAUUUACGCAAAACAGAGCGAGAGAGAGAGGGAAGCAAACCAGAAUCCCAUCCGAGAUGUCGUGAAACGUCCCGCAUGAAAGUCGAGGUGAUGCAAAGACAGGACACCUUUUCUGCAGCUCCGGACCCAGAGGGCAAAGACACAAGCGUCACCAGCGGUUCUUAUUUUUCGGGCAGCGAAGGGCCGGGACCGCUCUAUGCCGAUAGGCGCGAGUCUGGGGGUAUGACGCCAGCGUCAAAACGGACAUUGCUCCCGCAACCUCAAAGACCAGGGGGGGAUAUGUUCGAUGUGUCUCGAGGGGCUAGAUCUACAAUCAGCGCACGAGGGAACAAAGGCGACACCCGUCGUAGCAGGCGGGAACAAGGGCUAUGUCGCCCGAGGCGGGAAAGCAGAAGACUCGCGGGCUAUACUCCCGAAUAUGAAAGGCUUUGCGGAUAA